AUGGUUGACGACAAGAAGCUGAAGUCCAGGAAGCUGAAAAGGGCGAAUACCAUUGCCGGAAUCAACCGUAUGGAACAGUUCCUGCAUCAAUACGUCGAGGACCAACACCAAGGCGAAGUGCGAUACCGCUUGGAGCGUCUCGAGAAACUGUGGGAAUCGUUCGACGAAGUGCAGGCGGAUUGCGAGGAGCUUGACGAAGAGGAGGAUGCGGGCACUAAAAAUUUGGAGAUCCGAAGCAAAACCGAAUCUAUUUAUUUCCGGGUCAAAGCUGGUCUAGCUUCCAAGAUCCCGGAAUCGUUUGGGCCCACCGCAUCGACGUCCUAUGCUGCAAAUGAAACAUCCGCCCCCGCCCAUCUUGCGAACAUUAAACUCCCGACGAUCACGCUACCCGAAUUUGAUGGCGAUUUCAAUCAGUGGCUGACGUUCCACGACACGUUUGUGUCGAUGAUUCAUUCGUCGACGGAAAUUUCUUGCGUCCAGAAAUUUCACUACCUUCGCGCUGCCCUCAAGGGCGAGGCAGCUAAUUUAAUCCAGUCGAUUACCAUCACCGCCAACAACUACUCUGUUGCGUGGGAGGCAUUGGUAACGCGUUAUUCGAAUACGACUCUUCUGCGAAAAAAGCUCAUCCGAGCCCUGCUCAAGUAUCCCAAAAUCCCGAACAACUCGGUGGAUGCGCUUCAUCGAUUCGUCGACGAAUUCCAGAGGCACACGAAGAUUCUGGAGCAACUCGGAGAACCCGUGAUCUAUUUUAGCUCGAUUCUUAUGGAGCUUUUGGAGGAUAAGCUGGAUGACGCAUCGCUCACCGCCUGGGAGGAAUCCAUUGCCGGUGAUCCCCAUCCAACCUACAACAACAUGAUCGAAUUUCUGCAGAAGAGAACCCGAAUCAUGGAGACGAUCAUGAUCAAUCGGCCAACGUCCAGCCAGUCGAAACCCGUCGCUCAAAAUUUUCCUCAGCGCAAACCAGGAUCGCGCUUGAGUUCGAAUGCUGUUUCCGAAGGUUUCCCGAAAAGCUACCCGAUGUGCCCUGGAAAGGCACAGCAUCUACAACUGCCCCGUUUUCAACAGCUUGGACCCGAAAGGCCGGACGAAAAUAGUGACCGAAAAGAAACUGUGUGCCAACUGCUUCCGAAGUGA